AUGUCAGGGUACACCAAGUUCAUGAAAGAAUCUGUCACAAAGAAGAGGAGUUUGGACUAUGAGACAAUUGAAGUUUCCCAUAUUUGUGGUGCAAUUAUGACUAAGGAGCUGAUAAAAAAGAGAAAAGAUCCCGUGGCAUUCACCAUUCCUUGCACCAUAGGCAUACUCCAAUUCGUUAAAGCUUUAUGUGGUCUGGGAGCAAGUAUCAACUUAAUGCCCUAUGCGAUAUACAAACAACUUGGAUUGGGUGAACCGAAAGCAACCACAACGAGUCUCUUAAUGGCAGACUGUUCAAUCAAACAUCCCGUAGGGAUACUUUAUGACAUAUUGGUUAAGGUCGAUCGAUUCAUUUUUCCAGCUGAUUUUGUUAUUUUAGAUUGUGAGAUAGAUACUGAAAUUCCCAGUAUUUUGGGAAGCCCAUUCUUAGCAACCAAGAGAGCAUUGAUGGAUGUUGAAAGUGGAGAAUUGAAAUUUCGGGUAAACGAAGAUGAAGUGACCUUUAAUAUUUGCAAAUCCAUGAAACACCCAAGUGAUAUUCAUGUGGUGUAUAGUGAUGAUAUUAUUGAUGAGGCGGUAGCUAGUGUAAGCCAUUUGAUGUGCAUGAAUGAACCCCUUGAAGCCGUACUUGCUAAUUAUGAUGAAUCCUAA